AUGCUCCGUCAGGUAAUCAGAGGAGCUUGGCGAUAUCGUUAUCCGGCCUGCUCCCCGAGAUGCUGCAACACCACCAGGCCGCUUCUGCGACGCCCGUUCUCCGCCUCCGCAUCGCAAUAUGACGACCGAAACCUCGGACCGGGCGACAAGAUUCGCUUCUUCGAGCAGGAUACCGUGUCGAGCAAGGAACGGGUCGAGGUUAAUCCAGAUGCAGAGGACGCUGCGGAUCGAGAUGAGAUAAAAAAGGAACUGGAUAAGUUGGAUGAUGAUUUGGAAAUCUUGAAAAAGGGCCCUUUCGACGCCGAUAGUCCGUUUAUGAAAAGUCUUCCAGAGAAGGAUCGAAUCAUUGCGCUAGAGGCUUUCCGAAAGUACGAUGCUGAACACGGUCAAGAUGGCAGUGACGACGGUCCAGGACUUGAACAAAUCUUCGACCAAGAACUUGACGAUAUGAUUAAGGAGGAAUUCAAAGAUCUACAUGACGAAGCAGAAGAAAAUGCAGACCCCAAGAAUGUUUUAUCCACCGAGGAAGAGUCAGAAACAACACCUUCACAGGGCCAUCCUUAUGAAAUUCGAUUUUACAAUAUCCUCGAACAAGUGGCGAACGAACCCGAUACUUCAAAAAUCCAAAUGCUUUGGAGAUGGUAUCUACGCUGCAAAAACUCGGUUCCCUCGUUUCUCGAAUCGCUAUCACCAGAAAUCUUUCAGUUAUUAUGGAAAGCGCAGAUUCAAGAUCAGAAACCUUCAGCCAACCAGCUAAAUCAUGUACAAGCCCUCGUCAAGGAUAUCAAAUCCGUCGGGAGAGACCUUUCGCCGGACGAAACGCUUGAGUUUAUUGGAAUAGUGCAUUCCGCCGGCGACACCGAGAGAGCAUUGCAGAUGUGGGAAGAACAGCAGACCGCCAUCAGCAACGGUGAAGGGAACAUAGAUGCGUACUGGAACCUUGGCGUCCGGCUUUUUGCGGCAUAUGGUGAUCCGCAGAGAGCCCAAGAUAUUGCAUUCGCUUUUCUGUCGAGGAACGAAGGUCGUUCUGCGCGGAUAUUGAUUCCCAUUAUCAUGGCAUGGAUAGAGCAGGGCGAGAAAGACGCGCCUAACAAAGCCUGGGCCAGUUAUCUUCAACUCAGGACUCUCCUAGGCUUCGACAUGAAAAUGAAAGAUUACGAUGAAAUCACCAUCAGUUUCUUGAAAAGUGGCCAUAUUAAUCUUGCCCUGGCUGUCUUCAAAGACAUGAUGGUUACUGGGAAAGACCCGUCGAAUGACUCGACGCAGAUCUUCCAAAAGGCGAUUGGUCUUGCAGGGAAUAUGCACGCAAUGAGCAUCCGAGCGGAGGAUGUCAACAAGAUUUCGCUUUCUGCGUUGACCAUUCUACCCCGGCGCUUCCAAAAUAAGUUCUUCUACGCCAGUUGGAUGAAAAAGCUCAUUGGCAUGGGCGAGGUCGACUCUGCUGCGUCUGUGGUAGAACUAAUGUUUGAGAGAGGGAUCAGACCUGACGCAAUUCAUUUGAAUGGUAUCAUCGGAGGAUGGCUUCGUCACGGAACUACUUACUCCAGGGACAAAGCCGAACGACUUGGUUGGGCUAUGAUUCAGCACCGUAUCGACACUGUCUGGGCCAGACUCCAGCCUUUUCAGGAGUCGCCGAAACUAGACAUGCCCGAAGUAUCAGAUGGCAUUGAAAUACCAAAGUUUCUUGACAGGGGGAUUCCCCCGGCAAAUAUCGAAACCUUUUCUAUUCUCCUUCUUCACUACACCCGCCGCGGAGACGACGGCAUGAUUCGAUAUCUCAAUAAAUGCCUCGGUGAUGCUCAGAUUAAACCAAACUCGUACUUUAUGAACCAUCUUCUCUACGCUGAGCUGCGCAAACAUAAUAUCGAUGUUCUCUGGAAAGAGUUCAAAUCUAUGGCCGCCUAUGUCCGACCAGAUCUAGAAACCUUUGCCUGUCUCUGGGACUGUGGCAAACUUCAGUACGAUCGUUCCAGAAAGGAAUGGGAUCCAGAGUUCCCUUCUGCGCGCCAACUCUUCUCGUUGAUGAUGCAGUGGUUCAGCACCCUCAACCCGCAGGCACAGCAAUCGGCACAAGCAGAAUUCUCCAGGGAGCUCUACGAUCAGAUCACACUCUGUUUCAGCUUGUCCAAAGAUCCCUGCGGCACUUUAGUCUCGCUCUACGCGAUGAGAGACCUGUUCGGUCACUUCCCCGACGAGCAAACAGCACGCAUGCUCGUCUUGCAAAUCACCCGACUAUCCGGCAUCCCCGCAAGGACACCGCGCAAAGCUCGGCGCCGGUUAUUCUCUACCCCAGGCCAAAAGGAAAAAGCCGAGACCGUGCAAAGCUUACUGCGUAUUUUGGAGAGCGACAAGGCAGCCAUGCUCCAGGAACAGGGUCUGACAAUUGACCAGCUCAGUGACGAAGAGCGCAAGCAGUACCAACUAGAAAUCUUGAGUGAUCUUUUGGUUUCUAUUAUUGAGCGUACGGUUGGGGGAAAGGAGCAGGUCAAGGAGCAGCUUGUGGUGGCGAUGGAGGAAAUGGGCAUUAGUCUAGAUUUGCCGCUUCUGGGUUCGGGUUAA